UGUGGGGAGCGCGCGUGAGAGGAUUCGGGUUUCCCGCUCCAGCUCGGCUGGUCGCGUCUGUUAAGGCGGCGGACCGCCAUCUCGAGGGAGACUCAUGUUCUGAUUCAUCCUACUUCUGGACAUUUUUGGGGGCUCAUCCAGCAUGGCCAGGAAAUCAGUCCUAGAAGGAAGGAAGACUUUCUCCCAGUUUCCUUGUCCUUCCUGCAGCCCUGCCAGCUGGGAACAUGGAGGGGAAGGAGGGGGAGCUUAAACUAGGACUCCGGCUGCUGGGCCUAGUCAGCUAUUACUGAGGUGAGUCAAGGGUCCCUCCGUCCUAACAGAUCAUCCCCAAAGGCUGCACAGUUGGCCUGCCUUUGUUCCAUACUCACUGACUUAUGAUGGCCCCAAACGAUCUUAAAGUAAAGCUCUCACGUUCUUGAUCUCCUGCUCAGUACCUUUCCAGGAAUCCUCACUGCUUAUAGGAUAAAGUCCAGGUUUCUCAGCUCAUUCUUGCAUGAUCUGGGUCCUGCCCCCAUCCACAGCAUCUUCUCUUCCCUUUAGUCACACAAGUGAUGCUCCCUUCACUUGUAGUAAAAUGUUACACAAGGCUUCCCAGCCUUUUCUCAGGCUCUUCUUCUCUCUGCUAGAAUACCCUGCCUCCCAUCUCUGGCUGGUAAGUCACACAACCUCUAAGACCCAUCUCAGUUCCCCCACCUUCCCAGAGCUCUUCCUUGCUCUGGUCUCCUGUAGCACUGCCUGCUGCCUCCACUGUAUAACAAAUCUACCUGGGUGUAGUUGUCCCUGCCCAUGUCUGUGAGCCCUGCCAGACUAGACACACUGCCCUUUGGUAGAAUCCUUCCUGUGUGCUAGGAAUCGUACAGGAGCGUCCCAGCAGCAUCUCAGUCACUUCCCAGAGAAUCCCUGUGAGAUGGGGCAGGAUUCAGGGCUCUGAAGGGGGCAUGGGACUUAACUGCCAAUGGUUACCCACAGAGGAAGGUAGUGGGGCCAAGCCUCAGAUCCAAACUAAAGACUCAGGUUUCAUUCUUACUUGAAAUGUGUCCAUGUGUGUGUUGAUGGAGGUCUGGAAGGAACACACCAGACAGCCAUGGGUUCACCUGGAGAUAGGGUGCUGGGGAAGGCUGUCAUUUUUUAUUGUCAGUAGUUCUCCAGUAUUUGAAAUUUUAUUCCAAACAUCUAUUCACUGAGAACUUUUAAAAUUAAGAAAGACGGCUAUCACUAAAAGGGGCGGACGGGCGCUUCAGGCCAUCAUGCAGCCUAAAGUGGACCCAGCACCACCUAUGAAGGCUCUUGCCCCCAAAGUUGUACUGAAUCUAACCAGGCUGCUGCUUUACUGAUUAGUUUCCAGGAAAUGGAAACUCAGGCAGAGGAGCAGCUAAAUGACACCAAGAGGAAGGACCAUAUCCAGAUGUGGCACCCUAAAUCGGGAGCAUGGAAUAAAAAGGGUGGAGGGGUACAGUAAUUUGUGAUCCUCAAGGACGUGGCCAUGGACUUCACUUUGGAGGACUGGGAGCAGCUGGGGCUGGACCAGGGGGACCUGUUCUGGGACACAGCACUGGACAACUACCAGAAGCUCUUCUUGUUGAACCCGCUGAGACCCAACCUGACCUCCUAUCCAGAUGGCGGGGAAGAGCUGGAGACUCUGGUGAGAGGAAGUCCAGAAGUGACAGGCACUGACACAGGUGAGGCCAAGAUCGCCCCUUUGCCACAGGAAUUCUUGGAAGAAGGACUCUCUCAGGAGAUAUUAGAGACAUUUUCCAAGGAUGGCCUCUGGAACUCCAGCUUGGGAGAAGCAUGCAUGGGCGAGAGCUGGUUAGAUAGUUUGUUAGGAGAUCCAGAAAGUCUGAGCUCUGAUGUUGUCACCAACAAGCAAAGUCCCACAGACAGCAAGAGUCAUGAACUCAAGAGCGGCCUCAGUCUUGAGUCCCUCCUUUUCACAGGAGAGGAUUCCCAGAUCCAUGACCUUUCUGAGAAGAGCCUGAUGCCAGCUAAGUCUCAGGAAUGUAGGAAUGACACUGGCUUCCAGAGUCAGCAGAAUACUGUCCAGGAAGGAGUGAAACCAUAUAAAUGUAGUGAAUGUGGGAAGAGCUUCAGCCGCAGUUGCCAUCUUAUCCAGCACUGGAUUAUUCAUAUGUCAGAGAAGCCAAGUGGAAAUCAAGAGUAUGAGAACAGUUUCAACCAGAGUUCUUGUCUUUCUGUGUAUCCAAUGACUCACACAGGUUACAAAUCCUGUGUGUGUAACAAGUGUGGGAAAACCUUUAGUCACAACACACACCUUCUGUGGCAUCAGAAAAUUCACAGUGGAGAAAAAACACAUAAGAGUCAAGAUAGUAACCCUCCGUCAGGUCAUGGCUCGCAGCUUGUUGAGCGGCAGAAAACCCAUAGAGGUGGUAAAUCCUACAAGUGUAACGAAUGUGGUAAGAGUUUCAGCCGAACCUUUCAUCUUAUUCAGCAUCAGAAGACCCACACUCGGAAACGCUAUGAAUGUGCCAAAUGCAAGGCCACCUUCAACUUUAACAAAUACCUCCUACAACAUCAGAAAAUUCAUGCUGCAAAAACUACCUCUAAGUGUCAGGAAUGUGGGAAGUCCUUCAGGCAGAGCUCAUCCCUCAUCAAACACCAGUCUGUUCACAAUGGAGAAAAGCCUUAUAAGUGUGAUGAGUGUGGAAAAUGCUUCAACCAUAUCUUGACUCUAAAGAGCCACCAGAGGGUUCACAGUAGAGAGAAGACUUACAAAUGUAGUGAAUGUGGGAAAGCCUUCUACCGGAACACUCACCUAAGUGAACAUCAGAGGAUUCACACUGGCUACAGGCCUCACAAAUGUAACAUAUGCAUCAAGAGUUUCAGCCGGCCUUCCCACCUGAUUCGACACCAGUCUGUUCAUGCCACAGAAAAGCCCUACAGCUGUACUGAAUGCAGCGAGACCUUCAGCCAUAAUGAACGCCUUGUUCAACACAAAAAACUGCAUGCUGUGGAAACCCGCUAUGAAUGUCAGGAGUGUGGUGAGCGCUUCAUUUGCAGCUCAACACUAAACUGCCACCAGAGUGUUCACACCCAAGAAAAACAAGGACUUGAGAAAGGAAAAAUCUUGAAUCAGAACCUAGAACAGAAAGUGCAUCCAAGGAGUGGUGAGAAGCACUUUAAGUGUAACACAUGCGAGAAAACCUUCAGUUGCAGCAAAUACCUGACUCAGCAUGAGAGGCUUCACACCAGAGAGAAGCCCUUUGAGUGUAACCAGUGUGGGAAAGCCUUUGGCCAAAGUACACAGCUCAUUCACCACCAGAUCAUACACUCUGGAUUGAGGCCAUAUAAAUGUGGGGACUGUGGGAAGGCCUUCAUCCGCAUCACCUCCCUUACCAAACAUCAGUACAUCCACAAGAGCGAGCACCCCUUUAAGUGUAAUGAAUGUGGAAAGGCCUUCAGCCAAAGUUCACGUCUCUUAGAACAUCAGUUAAUUCACACUGCAGAGAAACCUUUUAAAUGUAACCAGUGUGACAGAGUCUUUGUGCAUAGUAAGUACCUUAUUCAGCAUCAGAGAACUCAUGCCAGAAAGACAACUUUUGAGUGUAAUGAAUGUGGAAAAACAUUCAGACACAGCUGGCGCCUUUCUAAGCAUCAGAGAGUUCACACAGGUGAGAAACCCUAUAAAUGCGGUGACUGUGGAAAAAACUUCAGCCUGAAUGCUCUACUUAUUCGACACCAGAGAGUUCACACCAGAGAAAAGCCUUACUUAUGUCGGGAAUGUGGGAAAGCCUUCAGCCAGAGCUCGUGCCUUUCUAUUCACCAGAGAGUUCACACUGGGGAGAAGCCCUACCUGUGUGCAGAAUGUGGGAAAGCCUUUUCCCAGAAAGCAAAUCUGAGGCAGCAUGAGAGAAUUCACACUGGGGAGAAGCCUUACAUCUGUGAUGUGUGUGGGAAAGCCUUUAGCCUCAGCGCCCAUCUCAGUCAACACCAGAGAACUCACACCCAAGAGAGACCAUAUCAGUGUCCACACUGUCAGAAAGCCUUUCGCUGCUACUUAGGUCUCCGCCGACAUCAGCAAGUUCAUACUCAAAAGUAACAUAGCAAUACUAGCUGUGGCCACCAGGUGGCAGCAGGACCUGACAUUUGAGACCUAAAGUUGAAACCAUCACAUUGUAAGUCUAUCCUUCCCUUACCCCCACUCCUGCAAUAUAGAUAAAUCUCUUUAUUAAUAAAGAUUGAUUAGAAAAUUUGCACAUAAGUUUCACUAAAACAAUGAAAACACAAAAGAAGCUGUGUAGUAUCCAAAUUCAGAGGUAGAUUCUGUAGCCAUCUCCUCAGUUAAAUCUCACCUCUGCCAUCUGCUACCUAAGUGACCUACAAAAUCAUGGAACCUCUCAGGGCAUCAGUAUCCUCAUCUGUAAAACAGGCAAAAUAAUAGGUACCUACCUCAGAGGGCUGGUGAGAGGAUAAGUAGAUGUAAAUCACUUAGAUUUGAGUGCCCAGCACAUAGUAAGUACUCACCAAGCAUGAGCUAUACAUAAACAUCAUAUACAACAUACAUGUAAUCUUUUCUGUUAAGAGGAAGAGAAAAAUUAGAAACCCUCUAUAUUUACUGCAGUUAAUGUUCUUACUAAUAUGUGUGGCUUUAAUUUUUAAAGUUUUUCUCCAAAAUGCCUUUGGCUUAAUUUGGUUACCCAAACCCAGCACAUUAAUCUUUAAAAAAAAAAUCUAACCUUUCCCUUUCCUCCAUCUCGGCUCUGUCCUAAUAUUUUCUUAACUAACCCACAGAAAGCCAAGAAAAGCACUUAAACUAACAUCAAAUGGCUAAAACUUUUGCACUUCUAAUCUUCCAUACCUCUCAUUCAAAAGGACCCCUUCCACAUACACAGGCCACCUUUUUUUUUUUAAAUCUUCACCCUAGGACAUGCUUUCAUUGAUUUUUAGAGAGAGGAGGAGAGAG